GUGAUUAUUGUGUUGUUUAAGCAUGGAGUGUGGGAGUGGGACUGUGUGGAUGUUAUGUAGGAAAAAAUUACAAGGACUGCGUAAAAUAUAUGAUAGUGAUGUUGAUCUUUGGGAGCGAGUUUAGUUAUUGUUAAUGACUGUAAGGAGUCCAUAGUCUGCUUUGCUGCAAUCACAGCAGCUGAACUAGCUUUAUCAAACAUGGCUCCUCCCCCGAUUGUAACCGGAAUUUCCCCCAAAGAAGGACCUCCAGGGACGAGAGUGACACUGAGAGGAGAGUUUCUUGGAACCAGUCCCACAGAUCUCAUUGGUCUUACAAUAUGUGGAUGUGACUGCCAACUGUCUGCCGAAUGGAAGUCACCCAACAAAAUCAUUGCACGAUCUGGACCAGGAAAAGGUCGUGGAGACAUUAUUGUUACCACCCGGUCUGGUGGAAGAGGAACAUCUACUGUGCAAUUUAGAGGUUAUCAUGAGACAAUUGGUCCUUUGAAAGAAAGUGCUGUUUGGGUUGAAGAAGCUCCACUUCGGACACUCGUUUGGGGGAGAAGAUCACUUUCUCCAACAAGUUAUCAACAGGAAGAUCCGUUAGGUCUAUCUGUUGAAGAAAAUGAUAAGAAAUUUCCUGAGGAUGACCUUCGAGAGCUAUUUCCUGAUGGAUCGGGUGAUCUAACAUCAGAGCAGUUUGUAGCUGCUUGGUUUCUUCUUGAAAACCACCAUGCAACGUCCUUUGAAGAUUUAAAGGCUGGCCUCGCAUUUCUGCGACGGAAAGUUGAUGGGCAAAAAGAAGGACAACUUUCAUUUUUGAAAACAAAUGUUGGGUCUGUAAUGGAGCAGUUAGAUACUCUGAUGGUUUUGAAGGAGAAAUUUGAAGCUGACAUGAAAGAGUUUGGUCCUGAUCAAACAGCCACAGUCGAGAAAGCUAUUAGAGUGUCUGUGGAAGAAGCAAACAAGUUGUUCGAAGAUGUUCUUGCUCGCAGAGAACGUGCUGAUGCCACUCGAAAUGCUCUUGGUGUCUUGCAGAGGUAUAAGUUCUUGUUCAGUUUACCAGUGAACAUUGAGCGUAACAUACGGAAGGGUGAAUAUGAAGUUGUCAUCAAUGAUUAUGCAAGAGCAAGAAACUUAUUUGGAAAUACAGAAGUCAAUAUUUUUAAGAAGGUGCUUGUUGAAGUUGAGCAGCGUAUCAGUGGUCUACGAGAACUUUUACAUUCCAAACUUCAAGAUAUGCCUGCUUCUCUGGAAGACCAAAAAAAGAUUAUCAAAAACUUGGUGCAUCUGGAAUCAACGGGGGAUCCAGCAUGGGACUGCAUUUCAAGCCAUUCAUCCUACAUCUCUAAACAGCUGAAUGCUUGCAAGGAUGAGCAUAUUGCAUUAGAAGCUGCUUGUGGUGAUGAAUCAGCCAAACAUAAAUCUGGCAGCCAUCACUCAGGAUCUACAAAAUACAACAAAAUUAACAACUCACCACAGAAUCAGGACUGGCAGAGUUCAGUCCCCCAGAGAGUACUUUUUGUCGAGGAACUGACAGAGACUUUGAAUGAGUGCUUUCCAGAUAUGUGGAAGCUGGGCCAGGCAUAUUUUAGUGGUGAUCUGCAUGUCAAAGUUGACACUGAUAAGCAGCCUUUGUUCAAGCGAAUGGUACUGGAGUCUAUCGAAAGAUUCACUAAUCUUCUUCGUGCUGCUGUUUUGCCACAUACACUUGACCGUAUGUCACCUCAGAGACAGAGUUAUGGAGUCUGGCCAUCUCAUGGACAGGAGGCAGUGGUGCCUUGGCUGCCCCAUUGCCUCCGCUAUGUACGGGCUACGUAUUCAGCCCUCAUUCGACUUGACCUUCCAGGAGAGGCACUUGAUAUAAUUGGCUCUCUAAUAUUUGACUUACGGUUUCAUUGUAUGAGCACGCUUUUCCAGCAGGCAUCUGAACAUAUCAAAUCUCUUCAUAAGAAAGAAACAUGGAAAGUUGAAUUUGAUACUAAAUAUGGUGGCAUAACAGAUCUUCCAAUGCAGUUUGAAACAAAAGUGCAAGAAGUUGUACAGCUAGUAAAAGAAUCUGUUCUUGCAAGUGAGCAGCGCGAGACACCACUUCUGGAGAAUACCACUGCUCAGAGGGAACUCAAUGCUCUGAUACAGGCAAUGCUGCUUAGCUUCAGUAAGACUCUAGAAACACUAGCAUUUAGCAAUGAUGCUAUGCAAGACUUACAUCCACCAGCUGUUUCACAGUUGAUUGGAUCUCCAGCGGUGUAUAGAGGAAAUGAAAAGGAAGGCAGCAUUCCAGUUUGGGAACACCGCUUAUUGACGACACUUAGCAAUUGCCAGUACACUUCUCGGGUAGUUCUCCCACGUCUCUCAGAGUUGUUUUCCCACAAUGGCUUCCCAUCACUGACACUUCCAAUUGCAACUGUUCAAAGUGCACUUUCAGCUCUGGACAGGCAUGUGCUGGAAGUAUAUCUAGAGCAGAAAAGUGAUCCGCUGGUGGGAACUGUGGAACCAUCUAUGUACCUGGGUCGCUUUGACUGGGAUACAACACUCAAGCCAGUGGACAUAAGACCCUACGCGAAGGAGGUGAUAGCAAAUGUAACUGCAGUUCACGCGGAGGUACAACGUGUGUCGCCAGGCCUCGUUCACCGCGUACUGUCACAGAUUGUUGAAACUGUUGCGGAGGAGCUGGCUCGACUUAUGAGUUGUGUGGCUCGCUUCAGCCUGCAGGGAAACCAGCAGGCUCGUGCAGAUAUAAGGGCAGUGCAGGAAGCUUUGCGCUUCUACACGACCCCUACAGCUCAGGGAUUCUUUGAGGAAGCACUGGAAGCAAUACCUCCACUAACAAAUGCAGCAGACAAGCAGGUUGUUGAAGACAUCCUUGCCAAGUUUAGAGUGAACAUGCGACUGCAGCUUUUGUGUUUCUGUGAUCCAAAGACACAACAGACACAGGUCAUUUGAUUCUAGCAAGAGGAGGAGACAGCUUUCGGCUGCUCACUCCAGGCCAUCCUUUUUCCAGCAGACAUUUACUGGGAAACUCCAGUGUAGAACAGAACAGGUACUGGAGAACACGUGCAAUAUUGUUUGGAAUAGUGGACCUUGGUGUUUGUUAUACUUUCCACAUGCUAGUAGCUGGAAAGUUCAGUCAGUACAUAAGUGGUAUUCACAAAGUGAAUGUAAAAGUAAUAACAAUUCUUUUUAAGAAAAUGCUCUCUUCAUUGUAAGGUGCUGUUAGCGCUGAAAUCUGUAGCUCGUGAUUCCAUUGGCCAUUUCUAGCUACUACCAAGUAGGUGCCUAGAAUGGUAACUAGUAUCAAUAUAUUGUAACAUAAGUAUUGGAAUCAGACUGUGACUUCAUUUUAUAGAAGCAGUAGAGUUUCCAUGCAUAUGUGUCUGUGCUGCAUGUAAUAUUUUUCUACUGUUGUUGAGAGUCAAUUUUUUUUCACAAGUAUGUGCUCAAAAGCUUUCACUCACCAGCGAACUCAUCAUCCUUAUGCCUCUCCAGAGUGCUUAUAAUAUUUUGCAGUUCAUUAUACAACAAAUACACAUAUAGCCAAUUUGACCGCUAAAGUGUGCUGCCAAGGUGUUUUGCACUCUGGACAAUUUCCUAAUACUAGGUAGUUAUUCGACAUUGUUCUUUGAUGCAGUGACAUUUUAUUAUUUUCAGUUUCAAAAUUUUAUUUAACGUAGUUCUAAUACAUAUUGUAUUUUUGAGUGCAAAUGCUUUUCAGAUUUUCUUUGCUGUAAAUAUUAUAGAAACUUCAGCUUGUAGCAUUUUUGUAAAAAGAAAGAUAAUGUAGUUGUUGUUUGGUGCCAGUUAAGUGCCCUUGGACGUUCUCUUGGGUUCAUUCACCGCCAUGGCGGAAGAGAUGGUGAUAAGAAAUGCAGGAUACCUUGUAAAAUGUGCCUUGUUUUUUAUUAACAGUUGUUGUUCUGCCAAGGACUUCAUUUGAUCUAUGAAACUAGACAAUACUGAACUUAUAUACUGUUAACAAGGGCCUGUAACUCGUACUAUCAUAAUAUGUACUGUUCUGCAGACUGAUAUUUGUUCCUCUUGGUUUGUUAUUUCAUGCUUUUUCCAAACUGGUGUUAUUGUUAAGGAAAGUUAGUGGUAUUGUUUCUAAGCAGAAACUUAUAUCAAACUGAAAUACCCCACUUAUUUGUUUCUAGAGCUUUCCUCAUUUUCCCCUUGUAAUUCAGUUAGUGAUCAAUACCUUUCAACUUCGGAGCUGUAAUCAUUGCUCAUUAUAAAAGCAACACAGAUAAUAUAAAUACAGAAAACUUUCAUCUGUCAAAUGAGAUAACAGAAAAGAAAUGAAUACCUGAUUUACUUGUGCCCAUAUAUACUGUUUUUGAGGCAUUAAUGUUACUGAUAGAACACUUCAGCAUGCUAAAAAUGUUUAGAAAGUGAUCUGCAUUAUUGACAGUCAAUUCGUACUUCUCAGGAAGCUAUUGGAGGCAGCUCAGCUGAAAAACCACUUUAAUAAAUAUUGUUAUGAUGAAUGUCAGGAUGUAUGCGAUUUUCAUUGUUUGUAGUUGAAUGCUAUAUACUAUAGUUGUUUUAUCUGGCUGAGAGGAGAAUCCUAAAUGCAUCUCAAUUUCUAGAGUACAAACAAGUGUAAAGAGCACAUAAGAGUAUGUUGUAUUUUCUUUCAUUUCCAUGUGGUUUUUCCCAUGCUAAGAAAUGCCUCUCACUCUUUUUUUGUAUAUACUGCCAUUGUAAUUUGCCAUAGUAAUGAAAUUUAUUGUAGCUUGUAAUGAAUGAAUUGUAUAAUUACGCUAUCUGAGAGGAUUCCUCCGAAGGCUGUUUGAAGCUUUAAGACUUGGGUCACUCCAUAUCCCAUCAGAACAAUUUAUUUAUUAUAUGUAUUAAAGAACGUUUUGUUUUUAGAUAUAUUUUUCCCACGUGGAAUGUUUCCCUCUAUUAUAUUCAAAGAACGUUUAUAGCUACACAAUAACAAUACUUAUUCCAUUUUUAUUUAACUUUCGUUUAACAUUAGUACAUGUAAUUUUGUAUAAAUAGCUCUAGGCCUUCCAGUUCUAUGACAUUAUCUCAGGAUGCUUGUACUGUUUAUUUCAUUAGGCUGGAACUAGUUGAUAUGUAGCAUCUGUGUGUAUAGUGUGAGGUGUGAUGCAAGGUUGCUGUAAUGAGCCUUUAUACCAAGUAUCAGUGUCAGGUAUUUCUUAAGUUAUCUAUUGUUUAGUGUGAAUGACAGAUGUACAGCUUAAAGAAUAUGUGCACACAUCAGUUAUUUAUUUUUCAGUUCACCAGUCAUUGAAUAUUUAAUUCUCUCAUUUUGUGUUCAGAAUAAACCCUGGAUGAUGAUUCCUUGUACAGUUUAUUAUUAUUAUUAUUAUUGUUAUUAUUACUAUUACUCAUACACUUGUUUACAUAUGAGUUAUAAAAAGGCUUUUAGUUUUGUGUGUGUGUGUGUGUGUGUGUGUGUGUGUGUGUGUGUGUGUGUUGGUUGGUUGGUUGGUUGGUUGCCACUUGUUUGAAGAAGAAAAACGAAUUAAUUGUGAUACUGUAGUAGAAAUAAAAGAACUUGUUAUGAAAUUACAUUAACUGAUAAUAAAUU